GCGCAUUUCGCCAGGUAUUAGGGCAAGAGCUGCGGAGUUAGCAACAGCAAUAGCUGCCCCCAUUCCUCAACCCCAGGUACAUCGCUAUUGUGCAGGGAUGGCAGACAUUGAAGAUGUCUUGGAAGAAGUGCAGGAGGAAGUGGAAGAACAAAUGCCAGCCAUAGAAGACGAAGAAGAAGAAGUAAAAGAAGAACUAGUAGAGGAAGAAGAAGAAAAAUUGGUAGAAGAAGCAGAUCCCUCUGCACUUCAGGCUGAACAACCAACCCAUGAAGAAGAGGCAAAGCCUAAACCAAAGUUAUUUAUGCCAAAUCUUGCUCCCAAAAUUCCUGAUGGGGAAAAAGUUGACUUUGAUGACAUUCAGAGAAAGCGUAUGGAAAAGGACCUAGUGGAACUGCAAGCUCUCAUCGAAGCUCAUUUUGAGAGGAGGAAAAAAGAAGAAGAAGAUCUCGUUGCUUUAAAAGAGAGAAUUGAAAAGCGUAGGGCGGAAAGGUCUGAGCAACAGAGAAUCCGAGCUGAACUGGAGAAGGAGCGCCUGAACCGAGUGGCUGAAGAAAAGGCAAGAAAAGAAGAGGAAGAACUUCGGAAAAAAGUAGAAGAGGAUUUCAAGAAGAAGAAGGUUCUGUCUAACAUAUCACUGCACUAUGGAGGCUACCUACAGAAGACUGAAAGCCGUAAAGGUGGCAGGAAGCAAACUGAGCGAGAAAAGAAAAAGAAGAUUCUGGCAGACAGACGCAAACCUCUUAAUACCGAGAACCUUGGUGAAGACAAACUCAAGGAGAAGGCAAAGGAACUCGCAGAUUGGCUGAUGCAACUUGAGGGAGAGAAGUUUGACCUGUCUGAAAGACUGAAGAAGCAGAAAUACGACAUUAACGUGCUGCAGAUUCGAGUCCAUGAGCAGAUGGGAAAAUUCAGUGCAAAAGGACCUCGUGGCAAGGGUAAAGUGGGUGGUCGUUGGAAGUAACAAUGGACUGGGCACAUCGACAAAGAAAGCACCGUCUUCUGAUAUAUCUUCCCACCAACUAUAGACUGAGCAUUUUUUUCUCAAUGUUAAAAUGGUUCAAAAAAGCAUUAUCAUAAAAUAGUAAGUUCACUUUUUAAUGUGGAGAAUUAAAUGAGUAAUAGUCUCUCAUAUUAGUUAUAUGAUUACUUCAUAUCUCAGUCUCUGGUGUCUAAAAUAUUUGGUUUUUUUUUUAGAAAAUAUGAAUGGAUUCGAAUUAGUUUACUGUCCCUCUAAAUUAUUUAUUUCAAAGUCACCAUGUUUGAAAAUAAUAUUAUUGCUGAUUUCAGCGGAGAAGAAAAUUGUAAAUGUGCACAUUAAAACAUUAUUUGCAAAA